CUUUGAUUUUUUUUGGUACCCUUGUCCUUUAAAAUUUAGUUCUCAGGUUUUGCCACAAAGAAGUUAUGUAGUUUCUUUUCAAAAGAAAUGAGAGGGAAAGCCUGACUUUUCAUUUCUUAGUGGUUACAAUCACGAAGCUGGACUUUUAACAACUAUUUUUUUUUUAAUUUGUUACUUUAAGGUGUGAAUUUAAAACUUCAGUCAUGGAGUUAGCCCACAGUUUGUUGCUAAAUGAGGAAGCUUUGGCUCAAAUCACGGAAGCAAAGAGGCCAGUUUUUAUCUUUGAAUGGUUGCGAUUUCUUGAUAAAGUCUUGGUGGCUGCCAACAAGUCUCAAGGGCGAAGUGAAAUCUUAAUGAGUCUACAGAAAGUUCUGAAUGGGCUUGGUGGUGCAGCAGCCUCUUCUCAUCGUGAUAUUUACAAGAAUGCCAGGUCCCUCUUGACUGACAGGUCCAUGGCUGUUCGAUGUGCAGUUGCCAAGUGUCUACUAGAACUACAGAAUGAAGCUGUGUUCAUGUGGACUGCUGAACUGGAAAAUAUAGCCACUCUCUGCUUUAAGGCUUUGGAAAACUCAAAUUAUGGAGUGCGAGUGGCAGUGUCUAAACUCUUAGGAACAGUCAUGGCAACAGCACUAAUGCCUAAGCAAGCAACAGUAAUGCGCCAGAAUGUGAAGCGAGCGACAUUUGAUGAGGUCUUAGAACUCAUGGCCACAGGAUUUCUGCGCGGAGGGUCAGGUUUCUUAAAGAGUGGUGGAGAAAUGUUAAAAGUUGGAGGGUCUGUUAAUCGUGAAGUGAGAGUUGGAGUCACACAGUCUAAAGCAGUAGUGAAUGACACUAGCAGUGAAAACAAGUCUGGAGCAGCAGACAUCGCAGCCAGCCAGCAUGUGAUGGUCUGCGCCCUCCAGGAGCUGGGGAGCCUGGUGCAGAGCCUCAAUGCCACUGCCUCCCCUCUAAUUCAGGAAGCGUCUAUAGGACUUUUGGAGACUGUGACUUCUGUGCUUCUUCAUCCAAGUAUGGCUGCUCGGCUCGCUGCUGCCUGGUGCUUGCGCUGUGUGGCUGUGGCAUUACCUUUCCAGUUGACACCAUUUCUAGACAGGUGUGCAGAGCGGCUCAACAACCUGAAAACUUCACCAGAAGCCGUUAGUGGAUACAGUUUUGCAAUGGCUGCCCUGUUAGGUGGAGUCCAUCAGUGUCCAUUGGGCAUUCCUCAUGCCAAGGGAAAGAUGGUAGUUAGUAUUGCUGAAGAUCUCUUACGAACUGCUACCCAAAACAGCAGGCUGUCUUUACAGCGCACCCAAGCUGGAUGGCUUUUACUUGGAGCACUUAUGACUUUAGGACCAUCUGUCGUUCGCUAUCAUCUACCGAAGAUGUUGUUACUGUGGCGAAAUGUUUUCCCUCGUUCUUUAAAGGAACUGGAGGCUGAGAAGGCCCGAGGCGAUUCUUUUACCUGGCAGGUAACAUUGGAAGGCCGUGCUGGAGCUCUAUGUGCAAUGAGGAGUUUUGUUGCACAUUGUCCUGAACUCCUAACUGAAGAUGUGAUUAGAAAAUUGAUGACCCCUAUUGAAUGUGCCAUGACUAUGAUGUCGCAUAUUCCAUCUGUAAUUAAAGCUCAUGGAGCUCAUCUGAAAGCUAGUGCUGCAAUGGUCCGUUUAAGACUGUAUGAUAUCUUGGCUUUAUUACCUCCAAAAACUUACGAAGGGUCUUUCAAUGCACUUCUUAGAGAACUGGUGGCAGAAUUCACUUUGACUGACAAUUCAGCCAACACAACUACUUCACUCCUCAGAUCCCUCUGUCACUAUGAUGAUAGUGUUCUUCUUGGCUCCUGGCUGCAAGAAACUGAUCAUAAAUCAAUUGAAGACCAGCUCCAGCCAAACAGUGCAUCCGGAAGUGGGGCUCUGGAGCAUGACCCAUCCUCCAUUUAUUUACGAAUACCUGCUGGAGAAGCUGUGCCUGGUCCUCUUCCUCUCGGAGUUUCAGUCAUUGAUGCUUCCGUGGCUCUUUUUGGUGUAGUGUUUCCUCAUGUUUCUUAUAAACACCGACUGCAGAUGUUGGAUCACUUUGCUGAAUGUGUUAAACAAGCCAAAGGUGUCCGCCAGCAGGCUGUGCAGCUUAAUAUUUUCACUGCUGUUCUUAGUGCACUAAAGACAUGGUCUCUUCAUUCACUGGCUUUGAUAGUGGAUUCUAGUGGCCCCAUGUACCGUGGGUAUGUGGAACCAACAUUGUCUCUAGUUCUUACCUUGCUGUUGACAGUUCCACCCUCACAUAUGGAAGUUCAUCAGUGUUUGGGUAGAUGCUUGGGUGCUAUAAUCACUACUGUUGGCCCUGAACUACAAGGAAAUGGAGCAACUAUUUCCACAAUUCGUUCUUCUUGUUUGGUGGGCUGUGCAAUUACCCAGGACCAUUCAGAUUCUCUCGUUCAGGCAGCUGCCAUAUCUUGUCUUCAGCAGCUUCACAUGUUUGCACCACGACAUGUCAACCUAUCUAGUCUCGUUCCUAGCCUUUGUGUUCACUUAUGUAGUUCCCAUUUGUUACUUCGACGAGCAGCAGUGGCUUGUCUCCGGCAGCUUGCACAAAGAGAAGCAGCUGAAGUCUGUGAAUAUGCCAUGAGCCUAGCCAAAAGUGCAGGGGACAAAGAGAGCAGCGGUGCUAAUGUCAGUUCUUUUGCACCUGGAGUAAGUUCUCAGAGUGAUAUUCACUGCCGGCACCAAGGUGUUAAUAUAACAGAAACCGGUCUGGAGGGACUUCUUUUUGGAAUGCUAGACCGGGAGACAGAUAGAAAAUUGUGUUCUGAUAUUCAUGAUACUUUGGGACAUAUGCUUUCAUCACUGGCUGUAGAAAAACUUUCCCACUGGCUAAUGCUUUGUAAAGAUGUCCUGGCAGCUUCUAGUGAUAUGAGCACUGCAACUCCAUUAGGUAGUGGAAAAGAUGAAGAAUCUGAAAAGAAAGAUGAGAUGGAUGAUGAUAUCAUGUUUACCACACUAGGCGAAGAAGAUAAAUCAAAGCCUUUUGUGGCACCUCGGUGGGCCACGAGGGUAUUUGCUGCUGAUUGCCUGUGUCGAAUCAUCAAUCUGUGUGAAAAUGCAGACCAGGCUCACUUUGAUCUGGCCAUGGCACGUUCUGCUAAACUACGAAACCCUACAAAUGACCUCUUGGUACUUCAUCUUUCUGACCUGAUUCGUAUGGCAUUCAUGGCUGCAACUGAUCACAGUAACCAGCUGCGGAUGGCUGGGCUCCAAGCACUUGAAGACAUUAUCAAGAAGUUUGCAUCUGUACCGGAGCCAGAAUUUCCAGGUCAUGUGAUUCUGGAGCAGUAUCAAGCUAAUGUGGGAGCUGCUCUAAGACCAGCCUUUUCACAAGAUACCCCAUCAGACAUAAUAGCAAAAGCUUGCCAGGUGUGUAGUACAUGGAUUGGAAGUGGAGUUGUCAGUGACCUCAAUGAUCUUCGUCGAGUACACAAUCUGCUUGUUUCUUCUCUGGACAAAGUUCAGGCUGGAAAAGGAUCUUCCAGCCAGCUGUACCGAGAGAGUGCCACGACCAUGGAGAAACUGGCUGUUCUUAAAGCUUGGGCAGAGGUAUAUGUGGUUGCUAUGAAUAUUAAAAAGGAAGCCGAGUCGAAACCAAAAAGAGCAAUUAAAAAUACUGACGAUGAUGAUGAUGAUUAUGGUACCAUAGAUGAACUACCACCAGAUAGUUUAAUAACACUUGUACAACCUGAACUGCCCACACUCAGCCGCCUGUGGUUAGCAGCAUUAAAAGACUAUGCACUUUUGACUUUACCAGCUGAAUUUGCCAGCCAGCUCCCCCCAGAUGGUGGAGCAUUUUAUACUCCCGAGACCAUUGAUACAGCUAGACUUCACUACCGGAAUUCCUGGGCCCCCAUUCUCCAUGCAGUGGCCCUUUGGUUAAACAGCACAGGAUUUACAUGUUCAGAGUCAGCAGAAGCAGCUGCUGUAUCUGGUUUACAAAAACGUCCUGCGUCCGUCAAUUUAAACCAAGCAUCAGGAGCAACGCCUAGUGCUAAGUCUUUACCGGAAAUUAACAAAGACAGGAUGCAUCUGAUUUUAGGUGUGAGUAUACAGUUCCUUUGUUCCCCUAGACCUGAGGAGCCUACUGAACAUGUUACAGCAUGUCUACAGGCCUUACAUACCUUGCUAGAUUCUCCUUAUGCCCGGACCCAUAUUGCAGAAGAUCAGCUGAUUGGUGUUGAGUUGCUGAGUGUUUUGCACCGCCUCUUACUGACCUGCAAUCCACCAUCAGUCCAGCUGCUGGUUACUGGAGUUGUACAACAGAUAGUAAGAGCUGCUCAGGAUUACUUGCAAGAAAAAAGAAACAGUCUAAAUGAAGAUGACAUGGAAAAAGAGUCCUGUCCUGUGCUGGGAGAAGGAGGUGACAGCGGUGGUCUUAUUCCUGGGAAAUCUCUUGUGUUUGCAACGAUGGAGCUGCUGAUGUUCAUUUUAGUACGGCACAUGCCACAUCUCAGUACCAAGAUGUCAGACUCUCCAAGUCACAUCGCCUCUAAGACUCGACUGUCAGAAGAAAGUGCGCGUUUGGUGGCAGCCAUAGUUACCAUACUCUCUGACUUACCAUCCCUUUGUUCACCUGCUGGAUGUAUGACAAUCCUUCCCACAAUUCUGUUUUUAAUUGCAAGAAUAUUGAAAGACACAGCAAUAAAGUCUGCAGAUAAUCAGGUUCCUCCACCAGUUAGUGCAGCUCUUCAAGGGAUUAAAAAUAUCGUGACACUUUCAAUGGCCAAAACUGAGGAUACUCAAAAACAGUGGACAGCGCUCAUUCGUAGCACUCUUGCAUGCAUUUUGGAAUAUUCACAGCCAGAGGAUUCCAUGCCUAUGCCUGAUGAAGUAAGCAUGCUCACGGCAAUAGCGCUCUUCCUGUGGUCUGCUAGUAGUGAAAUAAUAGGAGUCCAGUCAUUACAGAAUGGCUGCAUGAACAGGUUCAAAAAUGCAUUAAACUCAUGUGACCCAUGGGUUCAAGCCAAAUGUUACCAGCUUCUCCUCUCAGUCUUUCAACAUUCCAAUCGUGCCCUUUCAACUCCCUACAUCCAUUCAUUAGCUCCAAUAGUAGUUGAAAAGCUAAAAGCUGUUGAAAGAAACAGACCAGCCAGUAACACAGAACUUUUAGCUGUUCAAGAAGGAAUCAAAGUUCUUGAAACACUGGUUGCUCUUGGGGAAGAACAGAACAGAGUCCAGUUACUUGCUCUUUUAGUUCCCACUUUGAUUUCUUACCUGCUGGAUGAAAAUGCUUUUGCUUCAGCAAACACAGCCUCCAAAGAUCUGCAUGAGUUUGCACUCCAGAAUUUAAUGCAUAUUGGACCUCUGUAUCCACAUGCUUUCAAGACAGUAAUGGGAGCGGCUCCUGAGUUGAAAGUACGUUUGGAAACUGCUGUUCGAGCAAGCCAAGCCAGCAAAGCUAAAGCAGCUACCAGGCAGCCAGCCCCUGCUGUUCAUUCUGCACCAACAAUUAAGCUAAAAACAAGUUUUUUUUAAUUUUCUAUUCCAUUCAUCUCAAAUAGGAGCUAAUUAGUGAUAGCCACUGUAUCAUUCCAGGCUAUAGGUUUUACUUUAUUUGUACGUUGGUAUUACAUGCUUCUGGGUAGUUAAGUGAAAUAAUGCUCAGGUUGUUUUCUGGUUUUGAAGGGGUGGUUUUUUUUUUAUUAUGUGGUGAAUGUACUUGCAUUUUUCUCCUAAUAGUGUUUCUCUUUUAUUAUUUAAUUUAUUUUUUAAACACUG